UGUCAGCAUCUCCAUUGUCCUAUGGAUUCCCUGGUGGGUGGAAACCACACUGCAGUGUCAGAGUUCAUUCUCCUGGGAUUAACAGAUGAUCCAGGGCUACGAGUCGUCCUCUUCGUGAUCAUCCUAUGCAUCUACCUGGUGACCAUAUCUGGCAAUCUCAGCACAAUCGUUCUUAUCAGAAUCUCUUCGCAGCUCCAUCAUCCCAUGUACCUUUUUCUGAGCCAACUGGCUUUUGCUGACAUGGGUAUGUCAUCUUCUGUUACACCCAACAUGCUUGUAAACUUCUUAAGGGAGAAAAACACAAUUUCCUACUUUGGAUGUGACUUCCAGCUUGGAUCAGCUGCUUUCUUUGGGUCAAGUGAGUGCUUCCUUCUUGCUGCCAUGGCAUAUGAUCGCUUUGUGGCAAUCUGCAACCCACUGCUUUAUACAAACAAAAUGUCCACACAAGUCUGUGUCCAGUUACUCAUACUUGCUUACAUAGGUGGGUUCCUCAACACGUGCUCUUUUACCAUAUGCUUCUAUUCUUUACUCUUCUGUGGACCAAACAGAGUCAACCAUUUUUUCUGUGACUUUGCUCCUUUAGUUGAACUCUCAUGUUCUGAUGUCAGUGUCCCUGCAGUUGUUCCGUCGUUUACUGCUGGCUCCAUCAUUGUGGUCACAGUGUUUGUCAUAGCUGUCUCCUACAUCUACAUCCUCAUCACCAUCAUGAAGAUGCACUCCACUGAGGGGCGCCACAAGGCCUUCUCAACUUGUACCUCCCACCUCACAGCAGUCACUCUGUUCUAUGGGACCAUUACAUUCAUUUAUGUGAUGCCCAAGUCCAGCUACUCAACUGACCAGAACAAGAUAGUGUCUGUGUUCUACAUGGUGGUGAUCCCCAUGUUGAACCCCCUCAUCUACAGUCUCAGGAAUAAUGAGAUUAAAGGGGCUCUGAAGAGAGAGCUUAGAAGGAAACUGUUUUCUCAGUGAACACUUGUUAUUUUGGUGAAAUUUGAUUUAACGGUAUCCCAUGAAUAUUCAGUAGAAGAAAGCUUUCUGUGGUUGAAAAACAAGGAAACUUUAGAAGCUUCAUGGAAAUGAAAUUAAAAUAUAAUUUAUUUUGUGCAAAAACAAUCUGAAAUCCAUGCAGUUUUUUUAUAAUAUACAUUUUCCAUAAAUUGUUUUAAAUCCAUUCAAAUACACAGAUCUAGAGAUUUCUUUGCUUCUAUUUUUUUCUGAAGAAGCCAAGUACAAACUCUAACUAAUCAGCUUUCUUCUUUUGUCUCUUAACCCAGUUUAUUUUGCAUACACCAACCACGUCUAUAAUCCAAAUAUCUUAGAAUCAAAGCAACAAUACUUAACAUGUGCUAUGAAUUUCUGAACAUAACACAUAUUUCCUUUCAAUCUCUGAACAUUUUUUCUUCUUGGUUUGUAAGCACACAAUUCUAAGAACCAAUAAUUUGGUCUUCUUCCAAAUCCUUAAACCUAGCUAUAUUAUCUCCUGC